UAGUUUAGACGUAUUCAUGUUUACGUAGAGUUUAGCAGUAUCAAAAAAGGGACUAGGGCAUCCUUAUGACAGGUUUUAUAUUUUCGCGAUCAGGCUAUUCGACGACUGAACGACGCGGCGCGCUUGCAUGCGUCUGGUACGCAAUGCAGCCGCGCGCGACUGUCGCAGUGGGCGGGCAUCGGGCAACGUACACCGCAAGUCGCAGCGCGCCUGCCCACUACGACACGACACAUCAGUCGCGACGCGUCGCCGCCGCUGAGUGCCCGUUGCGUUUUUUCCGUCGCACUAUCAUGGCCGAUCCCGACGUAAUAUCAAACUUCAGUCCCUUAGUACUUAUAGAGGAGGUUAAAAAACGACCUGGAUUGUACGAACCGGACCAUCCCAGAGACCGUCUAGAAAGACUAAAGUUAUGGAAGGAAGUCGGGGCUGCUUUAUUUCCUAAUUGGAAUACUUUCAACAAAGCGACAAUGUAUCAUGCAGUCCUACAGAUCCAGAGGAAGUGGCGGUCACUGCGGGACGCGUACAACAGGGAACUACGAUCACGUCGCUCCGGAGUCAGGGUGCACAGGCGUGUGUACAUAUAUUUCAAGAAGAUGACUUUCCUCGGCGGAUUUGAAGGCUCCGUGAGUGAGGAUGACAGUAUGGUUAACGAAACCCCGACAGAAAACGAUCCGUUCAACGAGACCUUUAGUCCUUUAAGUCGAGAGUCAAGAAAAAGGAAAAAGAAAGCACCUGUCUCCAAUUCUGAUGAAAGUCAACCUCCCGAGGAGUUCGAAAUGCCAGUCUUCAACAACGUGGAAGUACCUAACGACAUCGAAUCAGACGCUGACAAAUUAUUCCUGUUAUCAUUCGUGCCUGAAAUGAGGCAAUUGCCUUCUAACAUCAAAAUGUGGACACGUGCCCAGAUCGCAAAUAUAAUGCAAGAAGCUGUCUCCUGUCAUUAUAGUAACCUAACACCUGGGACUUCGACGGAGCGAAGUGUCACAGAUGUUAAACUACAAAGAAAUGACAGUAUUGAAUGAUGGUUAUUUAUUUAUUUGCUCUCACGUAAUACUUUUUAUAAAGAUUAUAUAGUAUUUUCACUAAUAAACUACAGGUUUUCGUUAAAUAAUGUUAGGAAUAUCUAAUAUUAAGUAGUAUGUUGUAUUUUGAUCGUAUAAUUUAUAAAAUAA